CCUUUAUAACAAAGUACAUUGUUAUUGUUUGGGUGGAGCUUUAGUUAAAGUCUAGGAGGAACCAGCAGCUGAACCGAAACUACCAGAGAACAACAUCGAGUCUGCAGACGAGGAGGAGCUCAUGGAACCUGGUGUCAUGGAGGCUGAGAGGGAAGGUGAUGACUGUGACACCAGCUGGAGCCAAGAACUAAGGCUCGUCCUCAUCGGAAAAACAGGAAGUGGCAAGAGUUCAUCUGGAAACACCAUCUUGGGCCAGAGGCAGUUCCUGUCUAAGACUAGAGGCAGCUCCGUCACACAGAUCUGUGAGCUCGGGAGCGUCGUGCUCGCAGAGGAAGAGUCAGCUGAGGAGGAAGAGGACGAGGGGGAGGAGGAGGAGGCUGUCGCAGGGAGGAAGAUCAGGAGAGUCAUGGUGGUUGACAUGCCAGGUUUCGGGGGCACUCACCUCAGCAGGGAGGAGAUUAUUGAAGAAAUAGCCAAGUGUCUGUGUCUCUCUGCCCCCGGGCCUCAUGCCUUCCUCCUGGUGGUGCCAAUAGGACGAUACACAGACGACGAGAACCAGGCUGUUAGUGAGAUGUCAAAGAUAUUUGGGGAGGAGGCACUCCGUCACCACACUCUGGUUCUUUUUACCAGAGGUGAUGACUUGGGGGGGAUGGGGAUUGAAGAGUUCCUGAGUAAGACUGCGCCUGCCGGGCUCAAGGCUCUGAUUGACAGGUGUGGCAGCAGGUACCAUGUCCUCAACAACAAAGACCCAAGUAACUCAGGGCAAGUGAAAGAACUCCUGAUGAAGGUGGACAUGAUGGUGAGGCAGACCACCACAGGGUUUUAUACCAACGCAAUUUUUUUAGAGGCGGAAGCUGCCAUCAGGGAGGAGCUGAAAAGGAUGUUGAGGAAGUGUGUUGGGGAAGCGAAGGGAAGAGUGAAGAACAUGGUAGCUGCUGGAGCCACGGGGAUGGCAUUUGGGAUACUGUUUGGCAUAGCAGUCCCUUUGGUAGCUGCUGGUGGGGCUUACCUUCUGGGAAACUCUGUGGGUUUCGUUGCAGGUAAACUAGCAGGGAUGUCUGUAGCGGGAGGCACAAGGGUUGGGAAAGCUGUGGGGGCCAUAGUGGCAGCAGCUUCAGGGAAAACGGCCCUGGCAGUGGGAGCAGCAAUAGGGGGGGUCGUGGGUGGUUCUAUGGGAGCCAUUGUUGGCACUGGGGCUGCCAGUCCAAGGGAGGAUGCUUUGGAUGCCCUCGGGCGGGUUUGUUCCAGCGGGUUCUAUGCUGUGAGGAUGGCAGCAAGCGUUGGAGCAGUCUUGGGAGCUGGGGUUGCUAUAGUUGCAGUUCGGGAGGGAGCAGCUGUCGGCACAGCUAAAACUGCAGCAUCAAACGAGCACUAA